AAUCACCCUCCUCCUUCCCGGAAGUCAUCACUGCUACUAUGUCACUCUCUUGAUUCCUUUCGCUCCGAAACGUAGCGUCGGCGGUGAUCUCACACCAUGCGCCUCCUCUUUCUCUUCCUCCUUCACUUCGCCGUCUUUUCCGCCGGAGGAGCUUCCACUCCGGCGGAGGAGCUUGAAAUUCUACUCCGGUUUAAAUCCUCGUUUAACAGCGCCAAUGAGACCGUCUUCCCGUCAUGGAACGCCAACAACCCAGUCUGCGGCGGCUUUGCUGGAAUCCAGUGCGACUCCGCUGGCUCUGUCUCCCAAAUCAACCUCACCGCCUCCGGACUCUCCGGCGGAAUCCGGUUUGACCUCCUCUGCCGCCUCGGCUCCCUGUCCGCGCUCUCCCUCGGGUCUAAUUACCUUUCUGGUGGUGUCUCCGACGACCUUCGCAACUGCACCGGCCUCCAGAUCCUUGACCUGGCGUUCAAUGGCCUGUCCGGUGCAGUUCCAGACCUUUCGCCGCUUGACGAGCUCCGAGUUUUGAACUUUACCAGCAAUGGCUUCUCCGGCGCCUUCCCUUGGAGCUCCCUCGCUGGAAUGAGCGAGUUGGAGGCCCUCAACGUCGGCGACAACUCGUUCGAUCCUAGUAUGUUCCCCGACGUGGUGCUGAAUUUGACCAAGCUCAAUUGUCUUUAUCUAUCGCACUGCAACAUCCAUGGGAAAAUCCCGCCGGCGAUUGGCAACCUGACGAGGCUCAUCAACCUCGAGAUAGCUGACAGCUUCCUCACCGGCUUGAUCCCGCCGGAGAUUACCAAGCUCUCGAAUUUACGGCAGCUCGAGCUUUAUAACAAUUCGCUCGAGGGCCGUAUCCCGACCGGGUUCGGAAACCUCUCAAAGUUGGCCUUUUUCGAUGCGUCCAUGAACAGAUUGGAGGGCGACCUCUCGGAACUCCGGGGCUUGACAAGCCUCGUCUCGUUGCAACUCUUCGAAAACGAUCUCUCCGGCGAGGUGCCGCCGGAGUUUCGUGACUUCCGUUUUCUCACCAACUUAUCUCUGUACUCGAACAGGUUAAGUGGGACGCUGCCUUUGAUGCUCGGGAGUUGGUCAGAGUUCAAUUACAUCGACGUGUCGACGAACUUCUUCACUGGCCCGAUCCCGCCGGAGAUGUGCCGGAAGGGAAGCAUGCAGAGGCUUCUGAUUCUGGAGAACAAGUUCACUGGGGAGAUCCCGGCGAGCUACGCCAAUUGCUCAUCUCUGAUUCGGUUCAGGGUCAGUAACAAUUCUCUCUCCGGCGAGGUUCCCGCCGGGCUUUGGAGCUUGCCGAACUUGAACGUCAUCGAUCUCGCUAUCAACCAAUUCGAAGGCACAAUUGACGCCGGGAUCGGGGCAGCCAAAUCACUGAACCAGCUGUUUAUUUCCGACAACCGGUUCUCCGGCAGUAUUCCUCCGGAGAUUGGUGACGCUACGGCGAUAGUCAACGUGGAGUUGUAUAAUAACCACUUCUCCGGCAAUAUUCCGGUAAGAAUCGAACGGCUGCAGAACCUCGUGAGUCUUUAUCUGCAGAACAACGUAUUCUCCGGCGAGAUUCCAGAAGAGCUCGGCUCGUGCGUUGCGUUAAGCGCAUUGAACCUCGCCGGGAACAAGCUCUCCGGCCAGAUCCCGUCCAGCCUAGGUGAGUUGAUGAGGCUCAACUCACUGGAUUUGUCCAACAACCAGAUCUCCGGCGAAAUCCCGGCUAACCUUGCAACUCUAAAGCUCUCCUCCCUCAACCUUUCUAACAAUAGCCUCACCGGCGACAUUCCGGCGGAGCUUGCCAUCUCGGCCUAUAGCGGCAGCUUCUUGGGGAAUCCGGGCCUCUGCGUCGACAGCAGCAGCGCCGAGAAUCUCCGUUCGGUCAGACGUUGCUCCGCCUUCGCGAGAGGUUCCGCCAGCAAGUUGCGCACCCCCCUCACCUGCAUACUCUCGGUCACCGCCGUCUUCCUCGCCGGCCUCGGUCUCUACAUCAUGUUAAGGAACCAGCAGAAGAAUUCCUCAUGUGACCCCGAAUUCGCGAAGAACUUGUCGUGGGACAUGAAACCGUUCCAUGUUGUGACCUUCGACCAGAAGGAGAUUGUGGAGGGGAUCAAGCCAGAGAACCUCGUCGGAAAGGGCAGCUCCGGCGAGGUAUACCGGGUGAAGCUGACGAACGGAGAGGUGGUCGCGGUGAAGCAGAUAUUGUGCGACAGGAACAGGGGAGACGGCAAGGAGCGGAGCACCGCGGCGAUGCUAGGGAGGAGACGGAGGCGGCCGGAGGCGGCUAGGGAGUUCGAGGCGGAGGUGCGGACGCUGAGCGAAGUGCGCCACGUCAACGUGGUAAAGCUCUACUGCAGCAUCACGAGCGAGGAGUGGAGCCUGCUGGUAUACGAGCACCUGCCCAACGGGAGCCUCUGGGACAAGCUCCACGGACCGGCAACGGAGCUGCCGGGGAAGGCGGCGGAGCUGGGGUGGGAUGAGAGGUGUCAGGUUGCGCUGGGAGCGGCGCGAGGGCUGGAGUAUCUCCACCACGGUUGGGACCGCCCUAUACUUCACCGAGACGUCAAAUCCAGCAAUAUCCUCCUCGACGAGUGUCUCAAGCCCCGCAUCGCCGACUUCGGCCUCGCCAAGAUCCUGUGCUCCGCUGCGGUUGCCGGAGCAGCAGGGGAAGCUUGCUCUGCUCCUAUCAUCGCCGGUACUCACGGCUACAUCGCCCCAGAGUACGCGUACACAUGGAAGGUGAAUGAGAAGAGCGACGUGUACAGCUUCGGCGUGGUGCUGAUGGAGCUGGUGACAGGCCGGCAGCCGAUCGAGGCGGAGUACGGCGAGGCAAAGGACAUCGUGCACUGGGUGUCAACGAGGCACGCGGCGCCGGAGAGCGCGGUGGACAGCAGAAUAAGGCCGGAGUGGGCGAGGGAAGCGGCCGUCAAGAUGCUGAGGGUUGCAGUGCUGUGCACGGCGAGGCUUCCGGCCAUGCGUCCAUCGAUGAGGACGGUAGUUCAGAUUCUGGAGGAGACCGUUGGCGCCUGAGUGCCAGUUGUCGCCGCCGGCGGCUAAGGCGGAGAAUGGUGGCUCAGGCCUCAGUGGCUAUAAGAAUCCGGAUAAUUUAAAUGGGUCAAUUAGAUGUAUUUAUUUUGAUGCCCCAGUAGGCCCAAUGGGCUCAAUAAAUAAUUCAGGCCUAAACAAGUGGAACCGAAUUAAAUUUAGCUGUGCAAGUUUAUUGAGUUUAUUUAUUAAAAACUUUAUCGAGAUUACUUCAGAAA